UGGAAAAGAAUGGCUCCAGGAAAUGGCUCUCUCAUUGCUGAAUUUAUUCUGUUGGGAUUAACAGACAAACCAGAUCUCCAGCUGCCCCUUUUCUGCCUGUUUCUAGUAAUGUAUGUGCUCACUGAGUUGGGAAAUUUUAGCUUGAUAACUCUAAUUGGGCUGAAUUCACAUCUGCACACCCCCAUGUACUUUUUCCUCUUCAACUUGUCUUUUAUAGAUCUUUGUUAUUCUUCGGUAUUUACACCGAAAAUGUUGAUGAGUUUCUUACCCAAGAAAAAUAUAAUCUCAUAUGUGGGGUGCAUGACCCAGUUCUGGUUUUUCUGUUUUUUUGCUAUUUCUGAAUGCUAUGUGCUGGCAUCAAUGGCCUAUGACCGCUAUGUGGCCAUCUGCAACCCACUCUUGUAUAAUGCUGCCAUGUCCCCUAAAGUGUGUUCCAGCCUUAUGCUUGGUUCAUACUUGUUGGCCUUUUCUGGCUCCAUGGCCCACACUGGAUGCCUGCUGAGACUGACCUUCUGUGAUGCCAACACCAUCAACCAUUAUUUAUGUGACGUCCUCCCUGUGCUCCAGCUCUCCUGCACCAGCACCCGUGUCAAUGAGCUGGUGGUGUUCAUUGUGGCGGGCAUCAACAUCAUUGUGCCCUGUCUCACCAUCUUUGUCUCCUACGGUUUCAUCCUCUCCAGCAUCCUCCACAUCAGCUCCACUGUGGGCAGGUCCAAAGCCUUCAGCACCUGCAGCUCCCACAUCAUUGCUGUUUCUUUGUUCUUUGGAUCAUUUUCAUUUAUGUAUCUCCAACCAUCUUCUGCUGGGUCUGUGGAUAUGGGAAAAAUCUCUUCUGUCUUUUAUACCAAUGUGGUCCCCAUGAUGAACCCUUUAAUUUAUAGCUUGAGGAAUAAAGAUGUUAAAGUUGCUCUGAGAAAAACACUGAGUAGGAGAAAUUUUUUUAUCAGAAACAGUGUUAUUUUGUAG